AGAACAGUGAGCAGCAGCAGCAGCAGCAGCAGCAGCAGCAGUGCACCAGAGGCUACACUAGGGGCAGAGUUUGACCUCUCAAGUCUCAAAACAUCACUAAUCCUCGUCGGACAUUCUGGCACACAGGCCAUCCACUGGUCCUGUUUGUACACAGCAGAAAAAAAAAAAAGGGACGAUUUUCUUCCACCGAAAUAACGCCAUCCCACUCGGUUGUGUGUGUGUGUGUGUGUGUGUGUGUGUGUGUGUGUGUGGAAGUAAACACAGUGGCUGCAGCCUGUGUGCGCGUCGGAGGGAUUUGAAAUGCUGCACUAUGGCAGAUAGUGCGUUACAUGCGUCUGGACAUAUCUGCAGUGUUUUCUAGCCAGUCUCAUGUGGAGGAUUCAGGGAGAAGAAGAAGAAAAAGUGUUGUGAUUUGCACGUUGACAGCUGGACCUCUCCUGCGCCUUCAUCAUUGGAGGCAAAAUCAGCUCUAUACCCGUUUCUUCCCUUUAAGAUAUUAUCCAGUUGCCAUUCAAUGUCCAGUAGCACAAGGCUGAGGCUGCCCUGCGGCUGAUCCUGAUGACGAUGCUUUCGACUAACCGCUCCGGAGGUGCGUGGGGAUGAAAUGGAUGGAGCCCAUGGCCAGACCAGCGCACCAGCUCCCACCUCCCAGCAGCAUGUCCAGCAGCAGCAAGUCUCCUCCCAACUCUGGAGAAGUUGCAGGCUCUAACUCCAUGGCAUGGGUGAAGAUGUUCAAAAGACCUGGAGGAGGCCUGAAGAAAUCCUACCAGCCUGGCAGCAUGCUGUCUCUUGCUCUCACCAAAGGCCUGCUGAAUGAGCCCGGGCAAAAUAGCUGCUUCCUAAACAGCGCUGUUCAGGUGCUUUGGCAGCUGGACAUCUUCAGGAGAAGUUUGAGGCAGCUCUCAGGUCACUUCUGUCUCGGUGAUUCCUGCAUCUUCUGUGCUUUAAAGAGCAUCUUCAGCCAGUUUCAGCAGAGCAGAGAGCGUGUGCUCCCCUCCGACAGCCUGCGUAACGCCCUCGCUGAAACUUUUAAGGAUGAGCAACGCUUCCAACUCGGCCUGAUGGAUGACGCCGCUGAGUGCUUUGAGAACAUCCUGGAGCGAAUCCAUUUACACAUCGUUUCAGACGCUGCGACUGAUGCUUGUUCAUCCAAAUCCUGCAUUACCCAUCAGAAGUUUGCAAUGAUGCUUUAUGAGCAGUUUGUGUGUCGCUGCUGUGGAGCAUCUUCAGACCCUCACCCGUUCACAGAGUUCGUACAUUAUGUCUCAACAACUUCUUUAUGCCAACAAGUUGAUCGCAUGUUGGGGAAAAACGAGCGGCUCAGGUCAGACAUGUUCGGAGAAUUGCUGCAGGCAGCAAACAACACCGGUGACCUCCGAAGCUGCCCGAGCAACUGUGGUCAAAGUAUCAAGAUCCGCCGUGUGCUCAUGAACUGUCCAGAGAUCGUCACUAUUGGAUUCGUUUGGGACGCCGAACAGUCGGACCUCACGGACGACGUCAUUCGGUCACUUGGCCCACGUUUGAACCUGUGUGGGCUUUUCAACCGUGUCACUGAUGAAAAUGCCAAACGGAGUGAGCUUCAUCUGGUGGGGAUGAUCUGUUUUUCCAGUAAACACUACUCAGCCUUUGCCUAUCACACCAAAUCUUCAAAAUGGAUGUUUUUCGAUGAUGCCACUGUAAAGGAGAUUGGAUCCAAAUGGAAAGAUGUUGCCUCUAAAUGUAUCAGGGGACAUUUCCAGCCACUUCUUUUAUUUUACACCAAUCCUGAGGGAUCUCCGGUGUCUAAUGAAGAUGCUCCGAGACAAACCACCAUGUGUCCUCGGUACAAAGGCCAAAUAAAUGGUGAUGUGACAGUGAAACAUCCCCUCGGCAGUCCUAACAAAUUCCCGGAACCUUUCAUGGAGAGUUUGCAGAGGCCGAGUGAAACAUCGAAAAAGGAUCGAGGGCAUCGGAAAACGGACCCAUCACAACACAAAGAGAUGUCAUAUGCAAGAUCUUCAUCUCCUCCAGAGAAUGGACCGAGGCCUCCUGUGGACCAAAAAUUAAAAACAUAUCCACGCACCGAGAAGUCAUCAAACCACUCAAGCAGAGGAUCUCAGGAGCCACGUGGCCAGUCCUUCGGUACGCAGGGUGGUGGGCACAGCCGGAGGAACAACAGCUCCCCAAGUCGCUAUGAUCAGGAUAGCUGCCAGGAGCAAUGGGAAAAAGGUGGAGGUGAAGGAAGUCGCAAUAAAUCCAAGUCCACUUGGAGACCCAUAAGGGAGGUGUUGAAUGUGGACACUGUGCUGAACGAACUGGAGCAGCGCCGCCAGCAGCAACAUGACAGCCCGCGGCACAGUAAGCCUUCAUCCCAGGAAGGAGUGCACGCUGAACAGAGCCGAGACCGCGAGCGGGAAUACGUACGAACCAGAGAAGACAGGAAGCAGAAGUGUUUAAUGACGAUUUAUGAGGACGAGCAGCGGCACGAGACUGAGAGCCACAGCUCCGUAGAGUCAGAGAGCAGGGCCAACCAACAGAGGGGCAGCAGACUUAAGGGUGGCCCCAAGACACUUCUGCGUAGCGAUACCUGGACCAUCCAGAGGACGGAGUCUGGCUACGAGAGCAGCGAUAGACUCAGCAGUGGCUCCACCAAUCCUGACUCACCUGGCGUCGAUGGCUUUGUUGUUAAAGACCAGAGAUCAACACCAGAGGCACAGUUGCAAAGUCAGCUGCACCAAAAAGGAGGCGAUGCCAAAUCAAGUGUAACGUCCUCACCUUCACAUAAUGGUAAACAUCAACCCAAACCUCAGGGAAAGAACCAUGACCAAGUUUCACAUUCACAUCUAAAGUGCAGUCCAAGUUCGAGACGGAAAUCAAAGUACAGUUCUAGUACCUCCAGAAAGGCAGCAUCCUCAGAGAGGGAGCCCGCCGGUUCAGAUAACCGGCAGAGUGAGCAGCAGGAUCUGACCAACUGUAGAGGGCACGCUGGAGAAAGUACAGCCCUGAGGCACAUUACAAAAACCAGCAGCUCAGAAUGGAACAGCUCCGACGAUCUCGCUCUCUCUGAGCCCGAGGACAGAGAAAACACUGUCGCCUCUGAACCUCCUCACAUAACCCUGCCAUACCACCCUCCCAGCAAUGUGACUGCAGAACCUCUCCAACUGAACAAUCAGCGCCAGCUCGGCACGACAGGGUCGCCUCACCUCCGACCGACCCAGCGGGUCUCUCCUCACCCGGGAGAAACGAGCCACGCUGUGUUUCGCCCGAGGAUGCUUCAAGAACCAUUUCCAUCGAAUCCUCGUCUUUCGUCCACGUCCUACAUCAGUCCUCACAGGAGGCCUGACAUCUCGGGCCUCAGAACCUUCUCAGAUGCAAGCUCCAAGUCGGGCUCUGACCCGGAGAGGAGCACCCCGUCGUCGUGUGAAAGCGAGGAAAGGCUGACUGGGUGCAGAGUGGAACAGGCAGCGCCAGCUCAAGAGGUUUCUCUGACAACGUACUUCACCGUGGAUAACUGUAUGACGGAAACAUACCGUCUCAAGUACCACAACCAGAGACCUCUUGUCCUCUCAGCCACGGUGCCGCGGACAGUGGUUGUGACCGAGCGCAGAGAUACCAGCCACACACUCCCCACUGACACAUACUCACAAGAUGUGCCAAAAGCCAGACCUGAAACAAGCCAUAAUAGCAAUAAACCCACUGCAAAAUGGAACCCAGUGACAGCCAAAGGACUGGAUGAACGUGGUUUUUUAUGAGUGUUAUUGGUAAGGUUUGUUUACACGGAUGGACGGUGGUCAGUAGAGUACUAACUGGAUGCCAAAGAGUUUACAGAAUGGAAAUAUGUCCUGAAGAGCGACAUCUCCAAAUUGAGCAGAAUUUAUUUAUGCAAGCUUGUCACAUAAGUAAAAGCUGUUUCUAAAUGCUGUUGCGUAUCGUUUGACGGAUUAUGAACUAUCACGUAUACUGUACUGUCUUCCAUUGUCCCGCAGUACUGCUGCAAGGUUUAGUUUGAACCAAAAUCUGGACUGUUUUCAGUUUGCACAAAUGGGUUCUUUAGUCUUUGUUCUUCUUUUUAGUCGCCUUAUGUCAAGUUUAAAACGUUUAUUUUUUUAUUUUGUGCAGCUGCAGAAGUGCUGCAGAAUUAAAGAUAUACCAAUAUAUUUAAAGCCAGGAAUGAGAGAUUAUGAUGAGCCACAGUUGUACAGUAAUUAUACAAAGAUGAGAGAAGGAAGUGUGGUGACAAAUUGCAGCAUGUUGGCGUAAAAAGAUAUGUUAAAGGUACUUUAUGAGAAUAUGAUGUCAUUCUACACAACAGAAUAAAAGCAGCAGGUUUAAGGUAGUUCAAAGGAUCAAUAUCUGGGCAGCUUACCGACUUUAUGCACAUUGAGGGCUUCAGGUCACCAGGGGACAGAUAUUGCAACAUAUGUUGAGUUACUGAUUUGUUUAAGCUGUUAUCAUUUAUCAGUUAUUUUACAACAUGUAUGUGUUCAUGAAUGACUGAGGGCUGCUCCGUACCAGUCAACUUCUUUGGUUGUUAAAAAUCUGUCGACAAAGAUUCUUCUGCCAUCAUUCGUUAAUAUGUAUAGAUCUUUCUCAAGAAAGUGAUUUUGCAUGACUGUGUUCAGUUUCUGGCAGUCUACAAAUCUGAUAAUAUGUUGUUCUGUAGUCGGGGCAGCCCUCAUGUUAUUGGUCACGUUAUACUAUGUCACCUUCUGUAUUCUACCUUCGAUUGUGCUGGUUCUUGUAAUCCUUUUUUGUAAUUCACAGUGAUGUCAAAUUGUAUUUUUUCAGUCUUCCUUUUAAAGUAGACGGUUUUAAACAGGUCUGUAUUUGCAGGUACUUUCAUAAUGAUGCCAAUAUAAUUAAUAUGCCUAUCUGAUAUCGAACAUACGACGCAACAAAUAUUCUCGUUCGUAAGACUAAUGUUCUGAAACCUGCAUGUGGCCUUUACAAAGUCUUACUAGCUGUGUGUGCAGCAUAAGCAUGAGCAUGAUAGUACUGGAUUGUGAGUCCAACAAACAUAAAUAAUUCUAUUGGAUUUUACUUAAUUGUAAUAAAUUAAUUAAAUUUGUAACAACCAGUUUGAUUUGGAAACUUUUUUUAACACUUGAAUGUUGUUCCCUUCUCUUGCUCAUGCAGUGACACAUACUUUUUGUUGUGUAAAUAUAAACAUAUGAUGCAAACAAUACGCUGGAAAACAACUGACUGUCCAAGACAUACUAUGCAUUCACUAAAAAUGACUUUAAAAGCAGAUUUUGGCAUUUUUUAAAGCUUUGUAUUCUGUGCAUUCGACAUUCCCGAGAACACAUAAAAAUCAGUGUUGAAAUAUUGAUAUGAAUUUUAUUUUGUGCUCACUAGAUUGCCAAAUCUAAAAAAAAAACAUCCUGCCAUUUAUUUACAUUUUCUUUAAUUUUGCAUUUUUGUCUAUGAACAAUAACUUUUGUCCAGGUAUUUCUCAACUAGUCAAACCGCGCUGAUUUAGUCACUAAAUCUGCUGUGUUUCUGUGUGUUGUGUUUGUGCUGUCUGACACAAAAGGAUUUUAUCUGUGUGUGUGUGUGUGUGUGUGUAACCACGGUAACACUUAAUAAUAACCCCAUUAAUAAAUGGGAAAUUGAUAGUUAAUUAAAAUGUAGUUAAGAGUUAUUUUACUUUUAAUA